AUGGGGGGCGCCGAGGCCCAGACCGUGCUGCAAUUCGUCCCCUCACAGGCGAGCGCAUCCGCGAGGGUACACCCCGUCGUUCUCUUUAACAUCUGCGACUCCUUCGUACGGCGGCCCGAUCAGGCGGAGCGCGUGAUUGGGACCCUCCUUGGGUACAUCGCCUCCGACGGCACCGUCGAGAUUCGGAACUCCUACGCCGUUCCUCACAAUGAGUCCUCGGACCAGGUACCGAUGAUUUUGCUGGCUUACGCCGUGGGUGUUUCCUCUCGAGCUUUACAUCUGCAUUUUUUCUCCGUCUGGGUGUAGCGUCUUUUUGGAUUUUUUAGCAGCAACGAUAAUAAUCAGACGGAAAUUUGUCUCAAAUUAUUUAAGUGGUACAAACUAGAUUUGCUUAUUUUGAUUGAUGGAAUUGGCAGGUUUCGUCGAUUAAUGGUUGGCAUGAUUUCUGGUUAUUGGAUAUUAUAUUCAUACGCAUUCAAAAGUGUUUUCUUGCAAAUUUCAUACAAUAUAUGAUAUAUCAUAAAAUUAAAACUUUUCAACUAUGCAAGGGAUUAUACUUAACACGAAAACGAAUUGGAAGCGUAAGCGAGUGAUAAAAAAUUAAAAAAUUACGUAUAUUGUCCAUUUAGGAAUAGUUUUCUCACGAUAGUGAAGUUAUUCACAACGCUUUGAUAUGGGAGUAUAUGGUGCGUCACUCCUGUGCAUUAUUUUCAUUAUCCAAUGAAGGAUUCAAUAUUAACAAAAUCUCUCAUUCAUUGCUAUUCAUUACUAGAGCAGGUUGUGUCAUCUGUAAAUCUUCUUGCCAAGGACGAUCCUAUGUGAUAGUCUCUAUAAUUCUCCACUUUGCAUUUCAAAAUGAAGGACGAUGUGUAAUGCAUACAUUUCUGUAAUUUUCCUUGGAAAAGCAUUGGAAUCCCUCUUUAGGGUUCAUUUUAAAGUAUCCACUGGUGGAGGCGUCGAUUUUCACGUACAAUGUCAUUGAUCUUUUGAAAAAUUGAUUGAUAGUUCGGUGACCGGUACCUAUGAAAAAUUUGACACAGUCCAUGCGGCGUCAGUGUACAUGGACGACUAUCCACUUGUACUGUUGCUAGAGGCGAGAGGAAUUAGUUCACGUCAGUUAGUUCUUAUGAUGAAAAAGUUAAUGGGGAUCACAUCUAGAUUUUGACGAUGAAGAAAUGGGUUAUUGUAUCUCAGCUAGUGGUGCCAAUGAAAAAGGGUCAAGCGCUGGAAGGAUGAAAUCUGGGGUAGCUUGGUCAGCUGCGUUGUUCAGCAGGAUGGAUAGGGGAAACGCAAUUGUGGAGGGGGAGGAAGGACUUGUGUAACCUUCGUUGAUUGGGUGAUUGAGAAUUGUGAGGGUGCGUGGGUCGCUGAUGGGUGACUAAUGGGAGAUGAAUGGGUUUCCUGGAGAGAAAUAUUCAAGGUCCUGGCCUUCCCUGUUUUGUUUCCCAGCUUAAUAUUAGGUUCUGGAACACGCAAAAAGAGGCUGGCUGGGGAACGCCUCCCUCAUUAAUCAACACCUUGAAUCACGUUUAUAUGUUGAUUCGUCUCGUGCGUUUUUUUAGUUCACCUCUCAGCUGUUUUUGUAUUCUUUUCAGUUACAGUACUGAGUUUACUUGAAACAGUCUGCCUUACCUUUACUCGAUUUUGUUUUCAUAUUCAUAUAGAAUGCCUCUAACUAGCGGAACAACAUUAACAGUUCUUAGAUAGGUUAAUUUGGAAUGUUUGAAAGGAAGCUUGGUGUGGCUGAUGUAUUUGUAAGUGGUAAUAUACCUACCCCUUUCCCUCCCCAUCAGAAAAGAGCUAAAAAGAAGAGAACAGAGGAAAAUGCACGCGUAUGCACCAUUUAAACAAGACUCCGGAUUAAUGCAGGUCGAAACAACGCUGUGUUUGCCCAAUGCAGAUCUGGUAUUGCAUUGACUAAAUCUGAAUUGAUUUAGUCAAUUCGACCCGUCUCCACAUUCAUGGCGACUCGUACUGGCUGAAUUACAAUUCAUAAAGUUUUACUAAGUUGGCAAACUACGUCUCAAAGUUCCUUUCUGUUGUAUGGUACAUUUUUUUUCUAAAAUUCAGUCUUCUAUGGAUGCUCUUAUAAUAAUUCUGUAAGUUAUAGUUUUUAGGUGGGUUGAGAUUGUGCCUAGAAUAUCAUUAAUUCUAUUGUCUUAAAGGGUUCCUAUGAAUUUUAUGGGAUUCUUGCAUUUUGUCAUCCGUCUACUGUUCUAGUGAAAUCCAUUUUCGAGUUUUUCCCCUGAAUAAAAAGUUAUGUGAUGAAGUAUACUUCUUAUUUUGAGUCAACCAGUUGUCUCCGUUUUUAUGGAGCUUUAUGGAGCUUUAUGACCGGUAUGUGCAUUCAAGACCUGUAUCCUAUAGCUUUUCUAGCCCUAAAAAUCAACUUUAAUGGGGCUCGGCGGUGUUCCUCCAUGGGUUACAGAAACAAAGCGUAUGUUGCUGGUGCCUUGCUUCAUGGGUUCGACUGGUAUUAAGCCAGUGCGAUAGCUCACAUCAAAGUACUAAGUUUUUUUCAUGACACGAGACUUUUGAUUAUGAAUAUAAAUUGCUUGAAGAUAAAAGUGCAUGAAGAGAGCAUAAUCUAAGAGUAAUCUUGUUAUUUUGUUCUCUUGUUGGGGAUGAUCCAUCUGUCUUAGAAGAUUUGAUUCUUGGUGGGGAGGAUCAAGCUGCCUUGUGAGAUCUGUUACCAACGUAGCUUAAUUUGGUGGUCGUCACGGAUAUAAUGCCAUACUUUAAAUUUGACGUCAUUGCUGAAAGUGAGUUCCAUUGCCUAUUCCUUCAUAUAGUAAGGAUAAAUACAAUCUUAUUCCAUCAAUCUAGUUUCUAUUCUCAUCUAUUUGAGUAUGCAUUAACUCUGACCGUUAACUUUGCUGCAUAUAAAGUCACAUUUCCAUGCGUAAUUGCUAAUCUGUAUGCAUCUGUUUUCUGUCUACAGGUUGCUUUGGACAUCGACUAUCACCAUAACAUGCUUAUUUCCCACCAAAAGGUUAAUCCAAAGGAAGUGAUAAUUGGAUGGUAAUAACUGACGCAGUCAAGAUCAUAAUCCAAAGAUUCACUCGUUAACUUGAUUUUUUUAGACCCUUCCGUUUGCAUUGAAAGAUCAUAGUAUCACUGUCACUCCAAAGUACCAUUUGACUCAGUAGAAAGUUUUUUUUCUUUUGAUCAGUAAAAUUUAGCAUGGCUUCAUCACUAGAUAUACUCUGUGUACUCUGUUCUCUUUAAGGCUUCGCUAUACAUUGAAUUAUUUUUUCCCAAAAGUUGAACAGCUUUUUCAUUCACUCUUCAUUUUUCUCAUCCGAUGUAAUAUUUUCGCUUCUCCUGUUGUGAUUUAACAUAUUUUGUCAAAAACAGAGUAAAUAUUCCGAAAUUGGACUUCCUAGCGUUUCUUGAUGAACUUUGUUGCUUUUUAUUUCAUGAAUACUUUUAUUUCACCUCCAUACAGUCGCUCUAAACUUAGCUCUUGCUGUAGCUACACCUUGAUCAUUGGUUCGAUUUCAUGUUACUGAAGCAGUUUGGUAUUUGAAAUCAAAAGCGGCUCACCUUGCUUCUUCGAUGUCUCGCUUCUAUAGCACCCUGGGUUGCUGUCUCCAAAGAGAUAUCUGGUUUUUCACGCGUUAUUUUUUUCGUCCGAAUCAAUACUGUAGUAACCUUGGCAUGAGAAAACGACGUUUUAUGUGCUCUUUUGUAUUUUCCAAACAUAUAAUUGAUUAGUGCUUCAUUUGUGGAGCCCUAGUUGACCCAAGAAACAUAUUAUGAUUCUGUUCUAUAUAACAACUUCCUCCUCGAGCAUUCUUUUUUCCUAGUACCUGAUGUGGUCAUAUUUCCUGCAGGUACUCUACAGGUUUUGGUGUUACAGGAGGGAGUGCGUUGAUACAUGAUUUUUACUCCAGAGAGGCGACAAAUCCUGUUCAUUUAACUGUUGACACAGGAUUCAGAAAUGGUGAUGCUAGCAUAAAGGGUUACGUGUCUAUUAGCUUGUCUCUUGGUGAUCGCCAACUUGCUGCAGAGUUCCAUGAAAUCCCUGUCGAACUGCAGAUGUCUGAAGCAGAAAGAAUCGGGGGUAUGUUUCUAAGUUGGGGCCUUCAAAUUGCCAUGUUUUUCUAUUCAGUGAAUAUCUUUCCAUGUUUUAUUUUUCUGGACUACUUCCGGGAGGAAACCCGUGAACAAAUGGUCAUAUAGUUUAUUUUACUGAGACUCAAUGUGUGAAUUUUCUGCUGAUAUUUAGGGUUCCACUAGGCAUGUUAACUUGCGAUUAUCACAAUGUCUCCUUGUUUCUGGAGACUCGAAAAAGUUUCCAUUGUUCUGAUUCGAUUUCGGCUCGACAUUUAUUUUGGGUGACUCUCAGUGGUCGAGUCCACAUCUGCUAGUAACUUUCGCCGAUUUCACCACCAUCUUAUCCUAUGUAUGGCUCUUGUUUAUCUAGGGUUAAGCCUUGUUCUUCUAUGGCAGUUGGCAUUUUGAAGACAACGAUGGUUGACAAGCUUCCUGGCGACUUGGAAGGAAUAGAAGCUUCAAUGAUCGGGCUGCUCUCUGUGAUCAAAGACGUCUACAAAUAUGUCGAUGAUGUUGUGGUAUUAAUGUGAUCUGAUUGAUUAAGCUUUCAAACCCCCCUUCCCCUGGGGCACAAUAUCUAUGAACUCUUCUUUGCUUGUCGCAGGAAGGAGAAAUCAUUCCAGAUAAUAACAUCGGGAGAUUCAUAGCAGAUUGUCUGGCUUCAGUUCCCAAGAUGAGUCCUGCGGCUCUAGACAAGCUAUUUAACGAUAGAUUACAGGUAUGACAAUUCAAGCCUUGUGUUUACUCUAUGGAAAUAAUUCGUCAUGGUUUCUGAUAAUCCCUCUCUCUCUCUCUCUCUCUCUCUCUCUCUCUCUCUCUCUCUCUUCUCGCCCUUCUUGUAGGAUAAUGCCCUCUUGGCCUACCUGUCUUCCAUCGCGAGGACACAACUCGUUGUGGCGGAGAAGCUGAACACAGCGGCCCAGAUCUUGUAG